AUGUCUCAAGGAUUAUUCUACGCCGACUCAGAAGCCCCAAUUGUCUCCUUAUCAGCCAAAAAACACUUUGACCAAUUGUCCUCACCCGACUUGCAAAAGUACGCUCAUCAUUUAUCACGGGCUUCAUUUCAUGGUUCACGAGCAGUUUUGGAUUCAGUAUCGCCUGAAAGCCCUUAUAUCUACGACUUGAUCUUACUCAUUCAUGAGAAAUUGAAUCAACCGCACUCAAAUCAAGAGUAUAUUGAGAACUUGUCUGGGAUUGACCCGCAAGAUGUGACGUAUUACUUGGAAUAUGCUGCUCAAUUCUUGGACAAUUUGGGCAAUUACAAAUCUUUUGGUGAUAGGAAAUUCAUUCCUCGUAUUGGUCAGGACAAGUUGCGUCAAUUGAUUGGCAAAAUCAACGAUGCGGAUGUAUCUGAGUUGUACGCCAAAGUGGAGAAUCAAAUUUACGAUACUGAGCGUGGAUUGUUGGGGUACCCCGACCACGGUCUUUUAUCCAAUUACUACCCCCACAGUGCCACCAUCACAAAAGCUGAAAUUGAUGCCGUGAACCAGGCGUUGUCUUCUGCAGGAAUCAUGCCCGAGAAUACUCGUGUUGAAAAAGGUGACAACCAGUACAAAGUACUCGUAGCCUCAGCUGAUCUGGUCGACCUUUACUCGAAAUUGAACUUGCAAACUGAUGACGGGGUCAAAAUCAGUUUCCAAUUUGGCGAUCAUGCAAAGGACUUUAGCAAAAUCGUACAAGAAUUGGAGAAUGCAUUGCCUUACGUUGCCAACGAAACUCAACAAAAACUUAUUACCUUUUACAUCGAAUCAUUCAGGACUGGUUCAAUGGCAGCCCAUAAGAAAUCGCAAAUUGAGUGGGUCAAAGACUUAAAGCCCGAAGUUGAAUCAAAUAUUGGAUUCAUUGAAACUUAUAGAGACCCCGCUGGUGUACGUGGAGAGUGGGAGGGUUUAGUCGCCAUGGUGAAUCAUGAACGUACUGCGAAAUUCUCGCAAUUGGUGGAAAAUGCCGGCAAGUUUAUUGCUCAGUUGCCAUGGGAUAAAUUUUACGAAAAGGAUACAUUUACUCCACCUGAUUUUACCUCGUUGGAGGUUUUAACUUUCGCAGGAUCAGGUGUGCCCGCCGGUAUAAACAUCCCCAACUAUGAUGACGUUAGAUUAAAUUAUGGAUUCAAAAAUGUGUCCUUGGGAAAUGUGCUUUCUGCAAACCCCAAGAAUCCCAAAAAGGAAGAAGUCAUUACAUUUAUUGACGACCAGGACUUGUUCAAGAAAUGGAGAGACGACGCAUUCGAAGUUCAAGUGGGGUUGCAUGAGUUGUUGGGACACGGAAGUGGGAAGUUGUUGCAAGAAACAGAACCAGGAAAAUUCAACUUUGAUCGCCUGAAAACUAAUGUUGCAACGUGGUAUAAACCUAAUGAGACUUGGGCUGGGGUGUUUGGCGCCAAUAGUGGGUCUUAUGAAGAAUGUCGUGCUGAAUUGGUGGCUCUAUAUUUGAUUCUCAAGGAUCCAACCCAAGUAUUGCCCAUUUUCGGUAUUGAUUCGCAACAGGAUCAAGACGAUGUAAUGUACAUUGCUAGUUUGUUGAUGAUUCGUGCUGGUUUAUUAGGGUUAGAGUUUUGGGACCCAGAAGCAAAAAAAUGGGGCCAACCACAUAUGCAAGGAAGAUUCGCCAUUAUGAAACAGUUGCAUAGAGCCGGCGUUUUUGAAUUCAAGCAUUCGAGUCCUGAUUUUACUGACUUGAAAAUUGUUAUCGAUAAACCCAAACUCCACGAUGGCACUGCUGUUGACGCCCUUGGUGAAUUUUUGGGAAGUUUGCAUGUUUACAAGUCCACUGCUAACAAGGAUGAUGGGUUGAGAUAUUAUCUUGAAAAGAGUAAUGUCGAGGAUGAGUAUGCCAAGUUUAGAGAUGUUGUCAUUAAGGAAAAGAAACCAAGAAAGAUUUUGAUUCAAGCAAAUACUGUAUUAAAGGAUGAUGGCUCGGUUAGUUUGAUUGAGUAUGAGGAAAGUGAAGUCGGUAUGAUUGAAAGUUAUUACGAUAGAAAAGUUUAG